UGCUCCCCGCAUGUGUCUGCUUUUAGUUUACAGGUCAGUGAGGAGCUUUAUACACACUCUUCUCCGCAUUGUUGCCCCCCGCUACGACGGCCAGAGGUAAACCUUCCCCGGCCAGAUGGCCGGAGUCUGCCGGAGUCUGAAGCCAGCAUCACUCACGGUUUUGUGGGAGGCAUGAAAGAAGUAAUUAUGAAUCAAGAAAAACUUUCAAAACUUCAAGCGCAAGUCCGCAUCGGUGGAAAGGGUAGUGCUCGCAGAAAGAAGAAGGUUGUACACAGGACGGCCACCGCAGAUGACAAGAAGCUCCAGUUCUCCUUAAAGAAACUUGGCGUGAACAACAUCUCCGGUAUCGAAGAGGUUAACAUGUUUACAAAUCAAGGAACAGUCAUCCACUUCAACAACCCCAAAGUACAGGCGUCCCUCGCAGCCAACACCUUCACCAUCACUGGCCACGCUGAGACCAAGCAGCUGACCGAGAUGCUGCCCGGCAUCCUGAACCAGCUGGGAGCCGACAGCCUGACGAGCCUCAGGAGACUCGCAGAGGCUCUGCCCAAGCAGGCUGGAGAUGGAAAAGCACCAAUUGCAACAAUAGAAGAAGAAGAUGAUGAUGAUGUUCCAGAUCUGGUGGAGAAUUUCGAUGAAGCGUCCAAGGAUGAGGCCAACUAGAGGAAAUGGAAAGCGUCAGAAGGCAACAGGACCAUGAGGGGCACGACAAGUUAUCGUUUCAAAUUCAAGACGUGGAGAGUUAAUGGCGUAAACACUUAACGUGAAUAAUGUGACAACUUUUUUUCGCAUUCUGUAAUUUGUGCAACACCUGAGCAAAUUACCUGCAUACUCUUCAGUGAAUUAUUUUGACGUAAUUUUGUAGAUUAGUACUCUGUUAUGUUAUGAAAUAUGAACAAUGACAAAGAAUCUUGAAUUUUGAUGUAUUCAAAAAGGGGUAGCAGUAUUAAGGUGUCAGGCAUUUUCAUACUCGCUCCACCUCUUCUUUGCCACCAAAUGCUCCAGAUGCUUGUUGUGCUCUGUGAUCUUAGUGUCAAGUUGGUGACAGAUUGCGUAAAAUGUGGUGCUCGAGGCCUCCAGUGUACCCCUGUGAACCCCCGUUUCCUGUUACUGAACCAUAAUCCUGUGGCCUCCAUAAAACCACCAAACCUGGAAUAAACCUUUGCUACUGU